UUUUUUCCCCCCCCCUGUGGACAAACUUUUCGGCUGUAAUAUUUGUAUGUAUUUAAAGAAGGCUGAUAAGUGUGACAUUUAUUUUGAGAAUUAUAUUUUAUGAUGGUAAUUUGAGACAGGUACUGUAAUAAUUUGUGGGUUGUAGUUGGAGUAGGAACUUAAAAUUGGGUGUAAGACAGGGGUUGGCUAAUACAGGCCUCUAGGGCCAGUGUCCUGCAGAUUUUAGAUAUGACCCUGGGUCAACACACCUGAAUCACAUUAUUAGUUUAUUACCAGGCCUCUGGAGAACUUCAAGACAUGUUGAGAAUGCAAUUGUACUCAGCUUUGAUAGAUCAAGAAUGCAUCUAAAACUUGCAGGACACCAGCCCAAAAGGCCUGGAAUGCCCACCCCUGUCUUACACCUAAAUGUGUUUUUGAAGUUGUAAGAGGUGAAGAGUCUAUAUGAAAACGCAGAGACUACAUGAAUGUAAAGUGUUUUACUGUAAUAUCAGAAGUGUAUCUAGCAGAAAUGUAUAUAUUUGUGAAUGUAUUGUUUUUCUUUCAGAAUGGCGUUGAUGAGACUUAUUAAUAGUCAUCCUGAGACCCCUUAUUUUCGUCCACCACCCUUACAUGUGCGUGUAUUAAAAGUUUCUGAACAGGCAAGGGUGAUAAAAUGGGAUGUGAAGGAGGGAGUGGCAAAACCCAUCACUAAAAAGUGUAAUAUGGUGGCAGCCCUCUCUGAUGGGGUAACAGUUGUUAAAGUGACUUUGUUUGAGGCAUUUGCAUCAAAGGUGCAGGAAGGGGUUUCAUAUAUAAUUAAAGGCCAUGAGCUAAGAGGGACAGCUCCCCCCUAUGCCAUUCAUAUUAGUGCCACCACACAAUUCUUCAGAGCCUCUGCCCUGUGUGUCCCCGAAGAGCUGCUUUCUAAAGCAGACAAUCUUUUGCAUCCCCCGGCCCCUUUGACCCAGCUGAAGAUGAGCUCUACAAAUGUGGGGCUUAUGACCGUAGAAGGGGAGGUUGUGGAGUGUUUGGCCAUCCGGAAAGUGGUGUCGGGGAACCAAGAAGUUCCAGUCAAAAAUGUGCAGUUAAAGCAGGAUGCUUGUACCAUGAGACUGUGUUUGUGGAGGGAGGCGGCCGUCCAUGAGCUUCACGUGGGAGACCACAUAAAGGUGUCGCACGUCAAAGUGAAACAGUCCACUUUUGGAUUCGAGCUGCACACGACAGCAUUUACAAAUAUUGAGACAAAUGAAGAGGCACGUGCAGAGGUUAAUGUCGUCGGUGUCACCAGUACCAACAGCCCCAAUCAGCUUGAGCUACUACUGGAAGAUGGAGAGAGCCUGUUUAUUGACGCGCACAUGUGGCAGCCAUUUGAGAAAGACCUCGAGAAGGCCAUGGUCUGUGUAAACAUGAAACUGAAAGGGAAGCAUGUUUCAGAGAUUGAAAAAAACUAGGGUGUGAGAAGUUAAAACUGUUUGUCGUGUUGAAAAUGUUCAUUAUGUAAAGUUUAAAAGUUUCAAAUAUUUUGUGUUCAUAUGGAAAAAAAAAAAAUUGUAAUAAAGAGUUGGAAAUGAAAUGCAAA